AUGGCCUCGGCCGCAGCAAAGACCAUGAGGGAGGAAGCCAUCUGCCCCAUCUGCCUGGAUCUGAUGACUGAGCCAGUGAUGAUAGACUGUGGGCACUUCUACUGCCAUUCUUGCAUAUUAGAAAAUCUUGAGAUCCAGCAACAGGAGUCACCAUCACAGAGAAACUUCCGGUGUUCUGUAUGUAGGGCACAGUUUCAAAGGGAGGGCAUCCAGCCCAGUAGGCUGCUAGGAAACAUCAUUGACACCAUUAAGAAGAUGGAGCAGGAAAAUUUGUGUGAGGACCACGGAGAGAAGCUCAGCCUGUUUUGUGAAGAUGAUGAUCAGCUCAUCUGCUGGCGCUGUGAGCGGACACCACAGCACAGAGGGCACACCACGGUCCUUUUUGCAGAUGCAUAUCAAGACUACAAGGAAAACUUCCAGGAAUCUUUGAAAUACCUGAGGAAACUAGAAGACCAAAAUAAAAAAUGGCAAGGGGACCUAAGAGAGAAAAUAACAAAAUUUCAGUCUGAUAUUCUGAGUAAAAGAAAUUAUAUAGAGUAUAACUUUAAGAUAUUGCACAUGAUCCUGCACAUGGAGGAGAAAUCUUAUCUAUGGAGACUGGAGAAUGAAGAAGAGCAAGUUCUGAAGAGACUGCAGGACAGUGAAGCCCAGCUGGAGAAGCAAAGCCAGGAACUGAACGAACACAUCCAAGAACUAGAGAGGAAAUGUCAGGGGUCAGCUGAGGAGUUAUUGCAGGAUGGAGGUCGCACAGCAAGACCUUCCAUCUUGGUGCAAAUCUGCUGCCAACAUCUUAGUGAAUCAGUUUCCAGGGAUGUACAUGAAUUAUCCUGUGAGGACCUUUGUGACAAACAUGUCUACUGUGACCUCUUCAGAAUAAAUGAGGUCACUGAAUGCAAAAGAGUGAGCCAGUAUGAGACAGCUCCCAAUUUUCCUCCAAACAGCUCACAGGAUGUGACAGACACUUUGCACAGGAUUUUGGCUAUCAGUAUAAAUGCACCAGAGGAUGUCUCGUUGGAUAUUCAAGUUAUGCCUGAUGUAGAUAGCAUUUUCUGUCAAUUGCUGACAUUGUUUGAGACUGAUAAGGUUAAGGUUACUCUAGAUCCAGAUACAGCCCACAAUGACCUACAGGUGGACGAGGAUGAAAACACAGUCAUUGGUGGAAGUCCCCAAGAGAAGCAGGACACUCAAGCUAGGUUUAAAGACUUACCCUGUGUCCUGGGAUGUGAGGCCUUCACCUCAGGAAAAUAUUAUUUUGAAAUCUAUUUUGUAGGAGAAUCUGAUUGGGAUGUAGGAGUUUGUCUGGAAAAUGUGCCAAGAGACAACUUCAUGAUACGGGAGCCUGAGACUGGAUUCUGGGCCAUCAGACAUUGUGAAAACAAUGACAAUGUUGCACUGACGUCUCCCAUAACUCCUCUUUCUCUGGACAACGUUACUUAUAUAGGGGUUUUCUUAGACUAUGAGGUCGGACUUAUCUCCUUUUAUAACGUGGAAACUGGUUCCCACAUCUUCACUUUCCCAAAGGCCUCUUUUCCUGAGCCUAUCAGGCCUUAUUUCUGUAUUGGAAAAGAGACAUAUUUGAACCCUCGUGACUAA